GCUCACGUUAGGGUCGCCCAUCCCUUUCAGGAUGGCAACGAACGUCUCUUAUGCAGCACGAUCAGCGCCCCAGCGCCAUCGUGUCUGGCUCACGUUAGGGUCGCCCAUCCCUUUCAGGAUGGCGACGAACGUCUCUUAUGCAGCACGAUCAGCGCCCCAGCGCCAUCGUGUCUGGCUCACGUUAGGGUCGCCCAUCCCUUUCAGGAGGGCGACGAACGUCUCUUAUGCAGCACGAUCAGCGCCCCAGCGCCAUCGUGUCUGGCUCACGUUAGGGUCGCCCAUCCCUUUCAGGAUGGCGACGAACGUCUCUUAUGCAGCACGAUCAGCGCCCCAGCGCCGUCGUGUCUGGCUCACGUUAGGGUCGCCCAUCCCUUUCAGGAUGGCGACGAACGUCUCUUAUGCAGCACGAUCAGCGCCCCAGCGCCAUCGUGUCUGGCUCACGUUAGGGUCGCCCAUCCCUUUCAGGAUGGCGACGAACGUCUCUUAUGCCGCACGAUCAGCGCCCCAGCGCCAUCGUGUCUGGCUCACGUUAGGGUCGCCCAUCCCUUUCAGGAUGGCGACGAACGUCUCUUAUGCAGCACGUCUGCCCCUCGGCGCUGACAUGCCCGGGUUAUCGUUGAGAGCUACCGCUCCUAUCACAUCUUGCAUUCCCUCUCUCAUACAUUGCACCCAUACAUUACAUGCAUUCAUGCAUCAUACCUCAUACAUACACACGUGCAUCAUGUUUUGACAGUACCGCGACGUCGGUUUAUAGAUGCAGGGACCUCUAAGCUUCUCCGUUGGAAAGCUCGAGUCAGAGUCCUUUACUCUCGCCUGAUGCAUUCAGGGGGAGCGUGCCCGUGGAGGAGCACCCUUCGCCCGACCCCGUCGGGAACGGAUGUGCCUCACCGGCAGAUUACGUUCAGGAGUGUGGACAUCCACUCAUAUAUUAUGAUUAUUCGAAGACACAGGUUCCAGCUAGAUCGAGGUAAAGCGUAGGCAAGAGUAUAUUUUCUCGAGCAGAUUCGCACGCUCACUACUCAAGAAACUGGGGGACUUGUGUUGGGAUAUAUUAUCCCGGCCUAUUACUGUUCAGGAGCCCAAGACUUUACGUAGUACGGAGCCCAAUCAGUAAGGCCCAUUUUAGCCUAUCAGGCCUGUUUCGGCCUUUGGGCCCAUUUUGGCCCAUUCGGCCCGUUAGGGUGGAGAGCCCCCUUUCCCCCUAUUCCCUAUAAAUAGGAGGUUUCCCUCCAUGUAAAAGGAUCCUUUUCUUCUUCCUCCUUCUCACUAGAAUAGCUUAGAACUCCAUUAAUGGGAGCUUCAAUACUUGUACUAUGUAAUGGUGAGGAGAGUCUAAUGAGAAUUGAGAGGGCUUGGACAUUAGCCUAAAAAGUCCCGUGGUUUUCUCCCUUUCGGGUUUCCACGUAAAAACUGAGCUUGUUC